AUUUAGUUCACUCCGUUUUCAUUGGAAGAGAAAGUCGAAGAUAAUUUAGCAAAGAUUUUAUCCUCAAGUCAGUGCUUCUUUUAACGCAAACAGAAAAAUCAGAACUCUGACAAUGUCCUUUAACAAAGGUCCCGCCUACGGAUUAUCAGCGGAGGUGAAAAACAAGAUCGCACAGAAGUAUGACACUCAGAAGGAAGAAGAGCUGAGGGUCUGGAUCGAAGACAACACUGGUGCUUCCAUCGGGCCUGACUUCCAGAAAGGCCUGAAGAAUGGAGUCAUUCUGUGCGAACUUAUCAACAAGCUUGCCCCAGGCUCUGUGAAAAAGAUCAACAAGUCGGCGCUGAACUGGCAUCAGCUGGAGAACCUGACAAACUUCAUCAAGGCCACCACGGUGUACGGCCUGAAGCCUCAUGAUAUCUUUGAAGCCAACGAUCUGUUUGAGAACGGCAACAUGACGCAGGUCCAGACAACGCUGCUCGCUCUCGCUAGCAUGGCGAAGACCAAGGGCUGCCAGUCUCGAGUGGACAUUGGGGUGAAGUACGCUGACAAGCAGGAGAGGAUGUUUGAUGAGGAGAAGAUGAAGGCUGGACAGUGUGUCAUCGGCCUGCAAAUGGGGACCAACAAGUGUGCCAGUCAGGCAGGUAUGAAUGCAUAUGGCACCAGGAGGCACUUAUAUGACCCCAAAGGUCAAAUCCUGCCCCCCAUGGACAACACAACCAUCAGCCUCCAAAUGGGAACCAACAAGGGGGCGAGCCAGGCUGGCAUGACGGCUCCAGGAACAAGGCGUGCCAUUUACGACCAGAAGCUGGGCACAGACAAGUGUGACAACAGCACCAUGUCCCUACAGAUGGGCUUCAGCCAGGGAGCCAACCAGAGUGGCCAGAACUUUGGCCUGGGACGGCAGAUCUAUGAUGCCAAGUACUGCCCUAAAGCUGGAGAGGUUUCAGACGAUCAGAACGGGGCAGCCGUCGGCCGCGAAUUCCUCCCAGAUUACCAAGACGAGGGUUACCAAGGUUACCAGGAAGAGGAGCAGGUGUACCAAGAGGACGGGACAGAUUAUUAGAAAUGAGGGAGCUGAGGGAAGGGAAAGGGAGGUUGCAUAAAGGAGGGAUCUUCUGCAAGAAAACCUCAAGGCAGGUUUAUUUUUAUAUCCACAGGAUGUUGCACCAUUUUUGUUGGUCAUAUCCUUUUUUUUUUGUAUUGUAUGAAAUUGUUCUCUUACCCCUAUUUGUGCAAAAACAUUGUUACACAUAUCAUGAACUGUAUUUCUGUGACUUUUUAAAAAAAAAAAAAUGUAUAUUUAAAGUGACCACAAAAGUCAAUCUUUUUGGCUUGGCUAGUUUUCUAUCCCAGGGAUGUUUUUAAUGUGCCAAAGUCCCUCUCCCUUUGUUUUUUUUUUGUUUUUUGUAGUUAUUGCUUACUCAAUAGUUUCAUUAAGGGAGAUCCCUAGUUUUUUUUCAAUUGUUUUUUUUAAGGGCAGCAUAAAACUAAAAGUGAAACAUUAGGGAGAUUUUUAAAAGUGCAUCUUGUUUUGAACAAAACACCCAUGCUUGUGUUUAUCUGUAAUGUCUGUAUCAUCUGUAUAAACAACAUAAUUCCUGUGAAUGAGAAUGUAAAUUUUUUUUUUUUUGUGUGUGUUUGUUACUACUUCAGUAUCUUCAUUCCCUCAGUAUUGGUCUUUGACAUACAGUAGUAAACAGUUUCCAGGCAGAUGAAACAAAAUGGAUUUUUUUUCUUUUCUUUUAGAACAAACCACUCUUACCUUUUUCGUCUUUUCGCUCACUCAUUUUGGUUUUGUGUUUUUGUUUUUUUUUUUUAAAUGGAGGACAUAUUUCCAUUGUUUGCAUAACCAGUCCAACUGGAGUUAAGUUUGUUUUCUUUGGAUUAAAGACGGUGGGGGAGGAUAAAAUAAUACUCAAGUGAAGUUUUAAACAUUCCAAGCAAGAAUACUGGAAUCCUUUUUUUGUCAGUGAGUAAUGUUAAAGUGAAUCAUUCUUAAAUAUUGAAUGAAAAUGCGUACCAAUCAUACAAUUAUAUUUGAUCAUUAUUAUUUAUGCAAUUUGGGGUUGUGUAGUAUUUUAACUCUGAACAACAUUUGGUAUUGGACUAAACGUUUUCCUCUGGAAUAUUCUUUAUGCCAAUGGAGAGAAAAAAAUGUUGUAAUUGAGUGUUUUUGUGAAUACGGUGUAAUAAAGAUGUGUAUUCAUUA